AUGAACAUUGCUCUUCUUGCAAAACUGAGCUGGAGACUGUUACAUGAUGAUACUUCUUUGUGGGCAAAGGUUCUGAGGAGUAAAUACAAAGUGAAGGAUGUAAAAGAUGCAGCUUGGUUCAAUACGAAAGGAAAUUGGUCUUCUACGUGGCAGAGUGUUUUAAAAGGAAUGAGAGAGGUGGUGAUCCCAGGGAUGAGCUGGGUGAUUGGUAAUGGGCGCACGACAAAUUUUUGGAAGGACAGGUGGCUGCUAGGAAGCUCGUUACUGGAGGUGGCAACAACAGGUAUCCCGGAGACUCUUACUGAGGCACGGGUAUCUGAUUUAUGGCAGAGCAGUUAUGGUUGGUCUUUUACACAGAUUGAACCAUAUGUCUCGGCUGAGACAAAACUGAGACUCACAUCAGUGGUUGUGGAUGAAGUAACCGGAGGCCGGGACAGAAUGUCCUGGGGACAAACGCAGGAUGGUACGUUCUCGGUCACAUCGGCGUACUCAUUCCUCACCCAGGAUUCUUGA